AUGCAUGAGAGAGUUGGAGAGAGGGUACCAGCUAUUAAGGAAGUGCCGGCGGGUUUGAGAGAGAGGGAGGUGGCUUCAGAGGGCGGCGACGACGGUUUCCGAGGGACUAAUUUGGCGGAGGAAGAAUCCCGGAGAGAGGAGAUCAGCAGCAGAAUCCCUCGUCGGAGCUAUUCCUUCCCACAGAAAGGCAUCGACGAUUUGACCGAGACGCUCUGUUGUUAUAUUCGGCCCAAGCCAAGCUCAAACAACAUGGGCCUGUUGGCCCAGCCCGUCACUAUGGAAGUAAUUGGGAGACGGUACUGCUAA